AUGGAUCCAAUUGGGCCUCAGCUGAGGAAGCAUCCAUCUAGCGACAAUCUCCUGCGUGAUUUUAAGCACGAACUCGAUGAAUUUGACGGUUUAGACUCGAAGCAACGGCCACCCAGCUAUCACUACCCAUACGCCUAUCCACCUACGACUACCAAGCAGAAGAAGGCGCUGGACGAUCCAAUUUGUAGUGGCUGGGAUAAGCUGGCGCAUGAGUUGGCCGGUGAUCCACGCUCAGCCCAAUCAGCGCGAUCAUCACAAUCAGCACAGCACCAACAGCCACCUCCUCUCACCAGACCCAGAUCUCACACCCAACCAACUUCCCUUAAUCCCUCCGCUGCUUCUGGCUUCUCUAUAAUCGUCUUAGGCGCCCAAGGCGUUGGAAAGACUACGGUGAUACGCAAGGGUUUCAGAAAGUAUGGACUCUCUUCAGCCACCCUCCUAUCACCUCCAAACAAAGGCAAAUGUCAGUCUAGGCAAAGCGUCGUUGAAAUACACGGCCAGUCUAAGAAUGCUACCAUUUACGAGAUUGGUUUUGCUGGCCUCAACCUCCACUCAGACAACUUGUUCCCCGAUUUCGUACACUCCAUCGACGCUGCAAUAAUUUGCUACGACUCCACAAAUCAAUCUUCCUUUGUCGGCGUCAUUGAUGUUCUCCACAAAGUCAUCCAACUUGGUCUCCCCAGAGUCCUCCUUGCCACAAAAUCUGGCGAAAUGAUUCCUGCAAAGCCCACAAUCAACCCCAAUACGGUCGUUAGCAUCAUGAAACAAUUUGACACCGGUCUCAUCGAAACAAAUGCUCUGUCAACUGAUGGCAGGAGACGUAUGCGCGGUGCUUUUGACUGGAUCUUCAGGAAUAUUCGUAAGCAGCGCAAGGAGACAAGAGACAGGGGUCUUUCAAACUCAUCAGCAUACUCUGCCUUACCGCAUCAAUUCACUCAUACUCAUACUGAAGGUGCUGUGUCACCAGAGGAGCAAUCUCCAGAGCAGCUCCAGAGUGCUCGCAUUGUCCCAAUGGACAUACGCAAUGGUGUUUGUACAAUGAGUAUGAGUAGUACAGAGGGCGAUGUAAUUAUGACUGAGGCUACUCGUGAGGCUAAGCGUGGUCUAGAGGAGGCGAAAAACGAUACCGCACAGGGGCACAUUAACGCGAAUCCCCCUAUGUACUCCUUCAACGACAGCUCUAGCCCUGCCUACCACGAUUCUGUAAGUGAGGGUGAUCUGGUCGGAGAUGCCAAGUUAGAGGCACCCAGCAAAGCACGCGAGCGCACCAUCUCCGGCCCUGUCUUACAUAGCACCCCUAUCCCUCCAAGCAACAAAGAGUCUUUCCGUUUUGUGACGCUGGAGGAACUUCUCAACAAGCUCAUCUUUGCAGCCGUUUCAGGUAAUGAUCAGGAGUUUGUCAAAAGUUUCUUUAGCACCUAUAGAAAAUUCACAAGGGCUUAUAUAAUUUUAAAGGCCAUUCUUAAGCGCUUCGAUGAGGUUUCCAAUGAUUGUGAUAGUGUGUUAGUAACAUUCACGCAAUCAAGACUUCUCACACUCCUCGACCGCUGGAUACGUCACUAUCCUGGUGAUCUGCUCUCGCCACUUCAUCGACAUCUCAUCCAGGAGUUUUUCCAGCGCGCUACUUCUAACAUCAGCGUCAUACACUUUGCGCCAAUCUUGAAGGCCCAUCUUGACCGUCCGCGAGAGACUUACGACCGCGAGCACAAGUGGUCAGUGGGUGAAGAUACCUAUGAGAAGGAGUUCCAAACGCUCGUCAAUCAAUCAGAGAUACAUUUCCAAGACUCACAACUCCCGCUCGGAUUGUCGUUCAAGCGCAAGUCGAAUAACGCAGCCGUGGUGGUGCCAGAUGGAGGAACUGUCAGUCCAUUUACAGAAGACAAGUCUUCACAUAAAAUUUUGUCCACAGUCAAGCAGGUUACCACUCGUCAACGCUCCGUUAGUGAUGUGGGCAAGAUUACUGAAUCAAGCAAUAACCCAUCCACUUUGCAUUCGACUCAUGCAGACCCGUCUGUAGCUGUGCAAUCAAAGUAUAAGACGGUUGAAAAAGUGGCACUGAGUAUACUCGACGCAGUGCUCCCAGUUACACCAAUAGAGAUGGCACACGAAUUGACGCGGAUGGAGUGGAAACUGUUUGCAAAAAUUAGUGACAGAGAUCUCCUUAGACAUGCCCUCCUCACAAGCAAAGAUAGAGAAGAAGAUUCAAUAGAUGCUCAGAUCCGUCACUUUAACUACCUCACUCAAUGGGUUGUCAAUAUCGUCCUUUCACAAAACAAACCCAAAAGUCGUUUACGUGUGGUGGAAUUUAUGAUUAAUGUUGCGGAAGAGCUGCGCAAUAUUAACAACUACCACACUAUGCAUGCUGUAUUGUCGGCGUUCGAUGUACACGCGCUAUACAGAUUGAUGAGCAGCAGAGUGAUUGACAUUGAGAGCAACGAAGAGCUUUUUAUCAAAUUCAAGAAGUUAAAGCUUAUAUUCACUUCCGAUCGCAGCUCAGCUACAUAUCGAGAAGUACUUCGCAACACCCCUCUCCCAUCUAUACCAUACCUGGGUGUGCAUAUGCAGGACAUACUCGCAUCCGACGCCGCAAAUGCGUCAAAGAAGAAGGGUACACAUGGUGAAGAGCUCAUCCACUGGUCCAAAUUUGCACUCAUGGGGGAGGCAUGUAAGCAAAUUAUGAAAAGGCAAAAAUACCAUCAUGAAUUUGCGUAUAAUCCAAGAGCGCAUGAUUUAGUUGUGGAUGUUCCACUGUUAGAUGAAGAUGACCUGUUUAAGCGCUCAAAACAUGUCGAACAAAUACACAAAUCUAGUUACGGUGGUGCCGGACAGGCUAUUAUGAGCGCUUCGGCUUCCACCUUUAAGGAAAGUAUCAAGAGCGCGUCGAGCUGGAGUAACAACGAUGGUCACAAUGAUAAGAAGUUUUUCAAGUUGGUGAGAACGGCUAUGAAUGGCGUUCAUUGA